AUGGCUCUUCAAGAGUCGAAAUUGUUAAUGAUGUUUCUGCUAAUACUUUCCAUCAAAAUAGACGCGACCUACGAGCAUGCCAAAAGCGGUACUGUUUCGUCUUCGUCGUCGUCAUGGUUGAAGAAAGUUGCUUACCGGCCAAGACAUAUUGGGUGUUGGAAAAGACCAUUGAUGUGCAGCCGAGGAGUUCCCUCCGAGGAGGCUGUGUUGCAGAAAUCGCUGUGUCGAUGUUUGUGUACCGACACAAAUAUCGACCCUUUCAACUGUGGUUCCUGUGGAAAUGUAUGCUCCCUCGGGAACCUGUGUGUGUUUGGGUUGUGUGGUUACGCACAACAACCACCACCACCACCUCUACCACCGUCGUGUCCUCCAACGCCACCGUCUCCACCACCGCCAUGUCCUCCAAUAUAUGCUGCCAGUACGGUCAGAAGUUCAUCAUCAGCCCUCUGA